AUAAUGAAUAUUUAGCCUCAUUCAAAAUUUCAACUCCAAUUAAAUCUCUUCAUGAACUUGCUGAUUCUGCUGAAAAACAAUUUAUAAAAAUUAACAAAACUGAUCAUAAUAUUAAUCAUCAAACUUACUACUUUUAUGAAUACUUUAAAGCUUUUCUUCAAGCAGCAGUUCAAAAUGAUGAAAUCUUCAACUUAAGCUAUGAUCAAGCUAUUAAAAAAGCUACAACUCAAAUUACAAACAUUCAUUUUCUAGCCAGAAUUAUUACCUACUUUAAAAUACUUAAACAAAGUGAUACAAAUCUUUCUAUUUCUUUUAUCUGA